GUUUGACCCUAAAAUUAGUGUUAGAUUAACCUUAAAUAGUAAUAAAAACACUAACGUAAAACAUUGUAUCGUUAUAGAAAUAUUGGAAAUUUAUAUUUUAUUCUGAUAGCCUAACGUCAAUAAAAAUUAUUCUAAUAUUCUAUUUUAUUUUUUUCUAAAGUUUUAUGUAGUCGCUUUCUUGGAUAAAAUUUAUCUAAAACAGUUUUACUUGAUCAAAUUUAUCUAUACUGUUAAAGUGGAAACAAAAAUAAGGUGAUGUUAUAGCAGGCUAAAUAGAAACGUGUAUAUACUUUUAAACAAACGCUAGUAUGUAUACACAAUGAAAGGCUUUUGACGCAAUUGUAAUAGAAUUAAUCGUUAUAUUAUCGUUUUUUGUCAGCAAGAUAAGUGAUGGAUGUCAUGUAUUGUAAUAUUAUAAUCUAACUUUUUCAUAAAAUAAUAAAUAUGGUUAGUAAGGAGAAUGACAUUAUUUGUAUCUCAUCAGAUGAUGAUGAAGAUGCAAGACAGAAUAAAACUAAUGAAACACAAAGGUCAGUUAUCAAAUUAGUAAAAGAUAGUCAUAACUCCCAUUCUAACUUCUUAAUAACUACUAUAAGAGUAGAAGCUUCCUUGUGUGACAAUGAAGCAGUAAAAAGACGUAAAAGAAAAGCAUCUGAAAUAGAAAAUGUUGAUAGUUCUUGUAUUGACAAAAAUUCUCAAGUUAAUUCUCAAGAAGCUAAUGUUAAAGCAUGUAAUGUGAAGGUGGAGGAAGAAACAGAAAAAGGAAGAGAAGAAAAUAAAAUAUUAUUGAAACCACAGUUGGUUGUAAAGGAGAAGAAAACUAUUUCUUCUAUGGAACAGGAUAUAUUCUCUAUGUUUAUUAGUUUAUGUUUACAGAAAGAUCGUUCUGAUGAUAUGAAAAAGAUUGUUAAUAAAUUAAAAAGACGUUAUGAACAGUUGGAUCCUGUAUAUGCUCAUUCUGAAGCUUUCAAUAAUUUUUUAAAUCGAAAGAGAAAUGACAUAAUGGAGAGUAAUUGUAAACUUUACAUAUAUAUAGCUGAAGUAAUGAAUGAAAUGAAAAAUUGCUGUAAAGGAAAGUCGACAUUAUUAUCAAAUAGAGAUUAUUUUUCUGAUGUAAACAAAACAAAUAGAGAUUGUAAACUAAAUAAUUCCAAUGCAUCUACUGGAAUGUGUCCAAAUAUGACACAAACUAGUAAUAGUAUAAUUAAUGAUAACGAAAUGUUGUUGACUAGCGCAGAUAAUGAAGAAGAACAAAAAAAAGAACUUGCUACAGAAAAGAAAAUUAGAAAAAUUUUAAAUGCAAUGAAAAAAUGUGAAAAGUAUAUAAAACAUUUUGAAGAAUUAGAAGUAGAUUUUGAUGAUGAAGAAAAUAGUAAUUAUAUAAAAUUAGAAAAAUAUAAACAUCGAAUGGUGGAACUGUAUAAUAAGUACUGUGAAUAUACUGGAGGAAAUAUUGAUGCAGAACGGCAAUAUCUAAGACCAAAAGACUUCAGUACAACUAGUAUUGUUGUUGUAAAUAAUGCUAUUACAAGUUUCAUUAAUUCUAAAAUAUCAAAAAGAAACAAAUUGAAGAAAAUUGGUGAUUUUACAAAAGCACUAAUUUUCCCAGAUUACAAUGAUAUUUUACAAUGCGUGACAAGAUGUAAUGAUACAAAUAAUUUAGGUUUGAAUAAUAAAAAACUGCGUGAGAUUGCAAAAAAGGCGUUCAUCGAUUUAGGAGAACAUUUGCAAAGGUGUAGACGCAAUGAUUAUUGGGAUACAUUUUCAUUAUUUCUUGAAAAUAAAGAAGAUGAUCCUGCAUUAAAGGAUAUGGAAUUAGCUGAAAAAUUAAUGCAGAACAAGAGAAUUGGUGAGAAGAAACUAUCAGAUACAUUUGAGGAAUAUGUAAAGAAACAAGAAGAAAUGAAAGAUCAGAUUACUCAUCCUAAAAGAUCAGAGAAUGAAGAAGAUGAUGAUGAUAGCAUAGAAAAUAAUGAUGAUGAAGAAGAAGAUGAUGAUAAUGAUGAGGCUGACGAUAAUGGCAUUAGUGACAUUGAUGUAAAUCUGGAUACAGAUAACGAUAAAAGUAGUUCAUCGGAAGAUGAGAAUAGUACUGAUAGAAGUGAAACAUCUAAAAAUAAAACAAAUACAGAAGCCAAAUCUAAUACAGGAGAAGCUAACUCCGAUAUAGAAAUGGGAGAAAUAUACCAACAAGAAAUCAAUGAUAGAUUAAAAGAUCAUAAGGGUGACAAUUUAAAAUCAAGUAAAGUUAACGAUUUUGUGAAUACAUCUAAUUAUAAAAAUGAUUUUAAAUCGGAGUCGAUAAUACAAAAUGACACAAUAUCAGCGCCUAAUGUGACAAAGCAUUUAAAUAUUACAACUAAUAUAGCAUUCUCAACCACAACAGAUAAUAAAAUUCUUAUUGACAGAACAAAAGAGGAUGAUCCUAAUAUAAUAAGUGAAAAUCCAAUGGAUGACAAGUCACUAGAGGAUAAGGCAGAAGAAGCAGAAGAAGCAGAAGAAGCAGAAGAAAAGCCAUUGUUACGAGUACGCUCUUUUGCUAAACCUCCGAUUACAUGGAAAGAUGGACAAGAGAAAGUAGGUGAAUCUAAUGAAAGUGAAGAUACAUUAAAGACAUUAACUGCUAAAAAUGUAAUAGAUCUUACACAAGAUACUACACAAGAAAAUUCGGUUCGUACCAUUCAGGUAAUUCCUAUUGUAAAAGGUAACUGCAAGACAUUUGUAAUACCAACAGGUAAAAGCAUAAUUAAUGUAAAAAAUAUUACAAAUAAUUAUGUAAGAUUGAAUACUAAAAAUAUGGAUUCGCGUAAUGUAACUAAAUUAGGAAGCGGUCAGAUCAUAUCUUCGCCGCAAGCAAUAGAUAAAAAUACAAAAUUUACAAGUAUAAAUAAUAUAUCAUCAAAUUUAGUUAAUCAGGAAACAAAUAUUAAUCAAAUACAGAAUUCACAAAUGAAACAAAAAAGCACAAGUUCUGUGCUUCGGUCUAAUCAAAUGAUAGUGCUACCCAUGAAACAAAAGGAAAAUACUUUGCAACGUCCAAAGACAUUUUCAUCAACGUCACAAUCUAAAUGACUCAUAGAAAAGUUAAAAGCAGUUCGUCGUGAUCAUUGUUAUGCAAAAUUAACAAAUGACAGAUGACCAAUAGACAGUCUAGAGUAAAUAAACGUAAUAACUUUUUUACAAACAAUUUGUAAUUUAGCAACAAUGUAUUAGUAUACUGAUAUAUUGCAUUAAAUAAAUUUUUUACGAAUAUCAAAAUAUA